AUGGCUCCAAAGAAACCUUCCACAAGGCAAACUUUGAGAAGAGAGGUGGCACCUGAAGUCUUGCAAGAUUCGCAAGCCAGAAAUCAGCUAGCGAAUGUUCCUCAUCUUACCGAAAAAUCUGCCCAACGCAAGCCUUCCAAAACAAAGGUUAAAAAGGAACAAUCUUUGGCUAGACUUUAUGGUGCUAAGAAGGACAAGAAGGGGAAAUAUUCUGAGAAAGACUUGGAUAUUCCAACACUCAAUAGAGCCAUCGUUCCGGGUGUUAAGAUAAGGAGGGGAAAGAAAGGUAAAAAGUUCAUUGCUGAUGACGACACUUUGACUUUAAAUCGUUUGAUAAAAACUAUUGGUGAUAAAUACGACGAUAUAGCUGAAAGCAAACUUGAGAAGGCCAGAAGAUUGGAAGAGAUACGAGAAUUGAAAAGAAAGGAAAUUGAAAGAAAGGAAGCGCUUAAACAAGAUAAGCUAGAGGAAAAAAAAGACGAGAUUAAAAAGAAGUCUUCUGUUGCAAGGACUAUACGUAGAAAAAAUAAACGUGAUAUGUUAAAAAGUGAAGCAAAAGCUAGCGAAAGUAAACUUGAAGGAAAGAAGGUGAAAAAGGUCUCAUUUGCUUAA